ACUCGGAGAGAGAGGUUGUGUAGUUGGAGCGUUGUAGUUGUUGAGGAGCGCUAUUUCGAUUUUCAGUAUUUGUUGGGAAAGAGAAAGCAAGAAAGAUUAGAGUGAACCUGACGGACCAAGAAAGCUAGGGGUUUUUUUUUUCUUUUCUUUAAAAGCUUUUGAGGUUUGAAUGUUUGAUUCGAUCAGGUGAAGGACAGAUAAGGCAUCGCUUGUUGACGAGGACUUCUUUCUUUUUCUUCGAUUGAGGGUAGAUCCGGUGCAAUCUGGCGACGAAUAUGCUCGGUUUCCGCUUCGAUCUCUCUUUGGUGAAUCAGAAUUCGAUCUCUUGUCGAAUUUGUAGGCGUCAUUCGUUGAUUCCAUUGUGAUUUGGCUUCGGUCUAGGGGGAUUGUGACGUUUUUGACGCAGAAAAGAAGCUGACUUCGAGGGGGGAAACUAUUGGUUCCUGGGAAUUGGAUAAAUACUUUUUGGUUUCGGGAUAAUCUGAGGUUGAUCAGCGUCGGUGGAUUGGUUCGGAGGCAUGUAUAUUGAGGAAUUGAAGGAAGGGGAGUUGGAAAGUGGAGAGGAAGGGUUGGUUGCUGAUGCUCCCCGCAGCGGAAUUGCUGUUUUGGAUGCAAAAAGGGCUUUGAUUGGUGUUGGAGCUCGUUUUCUUUUCUACCCAACUCUGUUUUAUAACGUUGUCCGGAACAAGUGUCAGGCGGAAUUUCGUUGGUGGGAUAGGGUUGAUGAGUUUAUUUUGCUAGGUGCUGUUCCAUUUCCUACUGAUGUUCCCCGCCUGAAACAACUUGGUGUUUAUGGAGUGAUCACUCUAAAUGAGCCAUAUGAGACGUUGGUCCCCACUUCACUAUAUCGUGCUCAUGACAUUGAACAUUUGGUAAUUCCUACAAGAGAUUACCUUUUCGCUCCAUCAUUUGGAGAUAUAAGCAAAGCUGUAGACUUCAUACACAAGAAUGCUUCUUGUGGGAAAAAGACAUACGUUCACUGUAAAGCAGGCCGGGGACGUAGUACAACCAUUGUUCUUUGUUACCUGGUGCAGCACAAACAGAUGACUCCUGAUGCUGCAUACAAGUAUGUGAGAUCUAUUAGACCGAGGGUGCUCUUGGCAUCUUCACAGUGGCAGGCUGUUCAAGAGUACUACCAUCUCAGGGUGAAGAAAUCUUGUGGUGGCUCUCACUUCUUGUACAAUCCAAUCGUAAAUACAUUAGCAUCCCCAGCCUUGAGCAAGGACUUUGCAGCGUUUGAUGACGGCUCUGUAGUAGUCAUAACGGAAGCUGACCUUGAUGGAUAUGAUGAGAACCAUGACUCUAGUGUUGUUGGCAAUGAGGUGUGGGCAGAGCUGAACCUGGUCUAUAGGGUUCAGUUUGCUGGUCAGGCAGCCCUGGCAAGGCUUUCAUGUCUGUGGCUUCGAUGCCAUGCACAACCAAAAUUGGUGGGUGAGAAGCUCAGCAGGGAGAGCAGCUGUUCCAUGGUAGCUGAUAAAUUGCGAGGACUUGGUGUGGACAUCCGCGUUUAUUGAGAAGUGCUUCUGAAAGUGUAAAGAGAUUUCAUAAAAGGGUUUUUUUUUCUUUUUCUUUUUCUUCUUCAGGUUCUGUUUUAUUAGACGGGCAAAUAAUAAAGUCUUUCUGUAUUUAUUGUUAAUCCAAGACAUGGAAUCAAAGUCAGCUAUAGAUUGGCC